CGACACCACGCCCCGAUCCUCCUUCCCCGGAGCCUUCAGUGCCCACACCAUCUCCCUCUAUCACUGUCACCUCGCCUCAGCAGUUCGCUCACUUCAUUCGACAGGACGAYGUCACCUUCUUUAUGGUGGACGUGACGGAUCUCUUACACUAUGAUCCACCCUGUCCCGACGCCGAGAUCAUCCCUCUGGAGCCAGAUCCUCCCUCUAUCUCCAUGGCUCUCAUCUCUACUUCCGUCACUCCGCCGUCCGUCGAGUCGACCCCGCCGUCGCGCGCUGACGCUGACGCUGAGAAACUCGCACGAUAUACGGCUGACUUGGAGCCCGCAGUUCGUGACCUCAUCCGAGAGUACCACGACGUUUUCCCAUCAUCGUUUUCGUAUGCCGACAUCCCACCGAUGCGUGACGUCGAGCACUCCAUUCAGCUCGUGCCUGACUAUCAUGUUCACCACCAGGCACCCUACAGACUCUCGAUCCCCGAGGCCACCGAACUCAAGCGUCAGCUUGAGGAGCUCCUGAGACUGGGUUUCAUUAAACCCAGCAACUCCCCGUGGGGUGCACCCGUCCUCUUUGCUCGCAAAGCGGAUGGAACUCUUCGUCUCUGCAUCGACUACCGCGGCCUCAACCGCUACACUGUUAAGAACAGUUACCCCAUGCCUCGUUCCGAUGAGCUGUUCGACCGCCUAGCAGGCAACCGCUUCUUUACGAAGAUUGAUCUUCGUAGCGGUUACCAUCAGAUCCGCGUCGCUUCAGCCGACCAGCCGAAGACCGCGUUCCGAUCGCGAUUCGACCACUACGAGUUCACGGUGAUGCCAUUCGGCGUCACCAACCCACCCGCUGCCUUCCAGAGGGCGAUGAACGACAUCUUCAGGGACAUCCUGGAGCAGUGCGUUCUCGUCUACCUCGACGAUAUCCUGGUCUAUAGUCGUACCCUUGAGGAGCACCUCAGACACCUCCGCGACGUCCUUGAGCGCUUGCGCAGACAUGGCUUCUACGCCAAGCUAAGCAAAUGCCGCUUUGCCCAGCACAAAGUGGAUUUYUUAGGACACUACGUGUCUGACCAGGGUCUUUACAUGGACGACGCGAAGAUCACUGCUAUUGCGGAGUGGCUCGCUCCCACAUCCGCCAAGCAGCUUCGCAGCUUCCUAGGCCUGACCAGCUACUAUAGUAACUUCAUCCGGGGAUACGCUAGGUAUUCCUACGUCCUUACCUGCACCCUCCUCCGGAAGAACCCACCCUGGGCUUGGACACCCCUCCACGAGGACGCCUUCCUCGCCCUCAAGAAGGCGGUGACAUGCCCACCGGUUCUUCACCUACCCGAUUUUGACCGCCCUUUUAUCCUUACCACCGAUGCGUCAGAUUUUGCUGUAGGAGCAGUGCUUUCUCAGGUCUUCCCCUCAUCUCCUGAUUCCUCUCAUCCUCGUAUCCCUCGCUUCCCACCACCUACCCCUACCACUGCUUCCCGACUGACGCCUACUCGUCCAGCUACUAACGAGCCUUCUAUUGACUAUUCUCCUACCAUUGUCGAGGAUGGCACUGUCGAGUCUCGCUCAGGUGAUUGUCCGAUAGCCUUCUACUCCCGUCAGCUCCUGCCCGCCGAGAUAAACUACACUGCUGAUGAACGUGAGGUUCUCGCAGUAGUUUAUGCCGCUCGGCACUGGCGUCACUACCUGCACGGGGCACCAUUCACGCUACGUGUCCGAGCAGUAGUAGAGUUCCAUGACCAGGCAGUUGCCGGUCAUAUGGGAUUCCACAAGACAUUGGCUCGUGUGAGCCACCUGUACGUCUGGCCGAAGCGCAAGGACUUUGUGAAGGACUACGUUGCAGAGUGUCCCACCUGUCAGGAGGUGAACAGUGCGAACCACCUACCUUAUGGUUUGCUUCAGCCUCUUCCUAUCCCUGAGGGUCGUUGGCAGUCCAUCUCGAUGGACUUUAUCGGUCUUCUUCGACCUCCGACCCCCCGCGGUCAUGAUGCUAUCCUGGUCGUCGUUGACCGCUUCACGAAGCAUGCACGCUUUGUUCUGUGCCGCUAUGCCAUCAGUGCACGCGAGGUCGCCGACAUCGUAUUUGACCGAGUCGUGCGUGACCACGGCUUACCUCUGAGCAUCAUAUCUGACCGUGACCCGCGCUUUACCAGCCGAUUCUGGCGAUGGCUCCACGAGGUGUACGACACUAAGUUUCGCUUCUCCUCGUCUUACCAUCCUCAGACUGAUGGUCAGACCGAGAUCACGAACAGGACUCUCGGGGAUAUUCUCCGAAAGAUUAUUCGUGACGACCAGCAGUGGGAUCUCCAUCUUGCCCAAGCGGAGAUAGCCUACAACCACGCCGUCUCGCCAGCCACGGGGAUGUCGCCUUACUAUUGCGACCUCGGCUAUCACCCUCGUGUUCCCGCGGACUUCCUCCGACCGUCACAGAUGCACCCCGACACGAGUUGUCCCGCGCUGGAUGAUUGGAUUGCACACAUGACGUCGAUCAUGAAGACCGCACAUGAGCACAUAGCCGCUUCCCAGACUCGCAUGGCAGCACGUGCGAACCAAUCGAGGAUGGAUCAUCCAUUCAAAGUCGGUGAUGACGUGCUUAUCGACGCCCGCCACUUACAGCUCGAAGUGGACACGCUUCGCAAGUUUCGGCGUCGCUUCUUUGGCCCAUGCCGCAUCCUCCAGGCCGUCGGUUCUGAUACGGCUUCUAGCCCAGUCAGCUUCCGUGUGAAGCUGCCCGACUACCUACGCCAGGCUCGUGUGCACGAUGUCUAUCACGUCUCGUUACUGCGUCCUGACCGCAGACCGUCUGAGCGUUUCGCUGGACGACCAUACGAGCGCCCUCCGCCCAUCAUGGUGGAUGGUCACGAGGAGUUCCUCGUUUCAGACAUAAUUGGUCGCCGAGUCACCGACGACAACCCUCCCCACGUCGAGUAUCUCGUACGUUGGAAGGGUUACCUUGAUGAGGAGGCUACUUGGGAGCCCCUCGAGCACUUGCAACACGCUCGCAUGUUGGUGCGUGCCUAUGACCGUGCUCGUCGUGCUGGGUUCACUGCUCCUCCUCAGCCCGCUGACCCUCCUCCUUCUCCUCCGGCUGAGGAGACCGCUGAAGUUGAGUCUACUCCAUCUGAGGCAGACCUUCAACAACAGUCGGAUGGUUCUGAGCUUCCACAGCGCACUCGUCGUCGUCCUGCUCGAUACGACGAUUGACUCUGACUUACCUUCCCACGUCUUUGACUUCUCAGUACUCCAUCCACAUCAGUUUUGCUACUUCAGCUCGUCGACGCUGCGGCUUUUCCUCGAC